CUUCCGUUUUUCAACUCUCUCGCUCUCUCUCUCUCUCUCUCCCUGACUGCAACGUCCAUGGCUGCCGGCAAUCUCCUUCUUCAAGUUAUCCUGCUCGUCUCGUUGAUGAGCUCCCUCAUGGGAGUUCAGGCGAGGCCUGGCGCUCACUUCCACCCUUGCAGGACCUUCCUCAUUUCCUAUUCCUACUCGUUCUCCUCCCCCAAGGACUCCUUGAAAACCCUCGACACGUUCAACCCGUCUGAACUUCUCUUGCCCACCAUCCGAUUCGACGACGGAUCAUCUGAAUUCUCCCUAAUUCGGUCCGAUUUCUCCCGCCUUGGCCUCACCCGUCCCGCCGAUUUCUUCCCCUUGGUGACAACCACCGAGCGGGAAUUUGUUGUCCCCUCCAAGCCCGCCAUUUCUGUGGCGGCCGAUCCCGUCGACAUGAGGAGCUCGCUGCAUGCCCGCGCCAGGGAUAUCCUCACUGUGGUGGUUUCUUUGCUCUUUGGCGUCGCCUGUGGCGCCCUCACCGCGUCUACCAUGUACCUUGUCUGGUCCCUCUUCAACAAUGGGUGCGAUUUCCACUCCCAGGACGACGAAUUUUCCGGGCACGAGGAGUACAUCAAGAUCCCGUCGAUUCCGGAGCCAGUGAAGCCGAAGGAAGGGUACGAGGGAAAUUAGGGUUAGGGUUCCACGAGUUGUACGUUGGACUAUGGGGCAUCUUAUCUUGUGGGGUACCGCUCAUCAUGUCCCCUUAUAAUCUAUAUAUGACGCUUUGUCUAUCAAUUGUGGAACGGACUAAGUUCUCCGCUUUAACCCUGUAUCGUCUGCGUCCUGUCCAAUGGAUUGCAGUUAUAUGUGACUUGUGGGUUUCUGUAUGAUUUCUUGUUAUCUGUUUGGAACCGUCGGUCUGGGUUGAAUUUCAUUUAUAUUAUUGCUUC